AUACGAAUAGAUAUUCGUCAAAGUGUGACAAAUGGCAACAUAGUUAUUUUGUAAUUGAUUGUGUUGGUGAAUUUCUACAUUGAGACUUCCUGUUCAUGGCGAUGCUCCAGCGUCGUUCAUCGUACUAACUAAAUACACUCAACACUCAAAUCAUCUCACAUUAUAUUUAUUUGUUUGUUGUUAUUUAAUUAAUUUUUGGGGCGCAUAGGCCGUUCAGGCAAGGGUGCAAAGACCCCGUGUUGGAAAAUGAUCAACAUGGAGACGGAUAAAAUCCUCGAUGAAACAAAUACAAACAAUCAGUAUCCGAUGACGAUAUUAUACGAUCCAAGCCGCAAGAAAGAGCCUUCGUCACAGACGAUGAGUCUGACAACUCAGUAUACACAAGAGAAAGAAAUGUGCAUGAAAUAUUUUGAACGAUGGAGUGAACCAGAACAAGUUCAUUUCGUUGAACAAUUAUUGGCACGAAUGUGUCAUUAUCAGCAUGGGCAUAUUAACUCUUUUCUCAAACCAAUGCUUCAGAGAGAUUUCAUUUCACUUUUACCGAAAAAAGGUUUAGAUCAUGUAGCUGAAAGUAUUCUGUCAUAUUUGGAUGCUGAAUCACUGUAUGCCGCAGAACUUGUCUGUAAAGAAUGGUACCGAGUAAUAAGUGAAGGAAUGCUAUGGAAAAAACUUAUCGAGCGUAAAGUAAGAACUGAUUCUGUUUGGCGUGGAUUAGCUGAAAGACGAGGCUGGAUUCAACACUUGUUUAAACCAAGGCCUGGCGAAAGCUAUAGAGAUCACGCAUUUUAUCGAAAUCUGUUUCCUAAUAUAGUCAAAGACAUCGAGAGUAUUGACAAUAAUUGGAGAAUGGGAAGACAUAAAUUACAAAAAAUAAAUUGUCGUAGUGAAAAUUCUAAAGGCGUAUAUUGUUUACAAUAUGAUGAUCAAAAAAUAGUAUCGGGUUUGCGCGAUAAUACCAUCAAGAUAUGGGACAGAAAUAAUUUACAGUGUAUUAAAGUUUUAACGGGGCACACUGGAUCUGUUCUCUGUUUACAAUAUGACGACAAAGCUAUUAUAUCUGGUUCUUCCGACAGCACUGUGAGAGUUUGGGACGCAAAUACUGGUGAAAUGGUUAACACUUUAAUUCAUCACUGUGAGGCUGUAUUGCAUUUAAGAUUUAAUAAUGGUAUGAUGGUUACCUGCUCAAAGGAUCGAUCAAUAGCCGUUUGGGACAUGACAUCACAAACAGAAAUAGCAUUACGUAGGGUACUGGUUGGUCAUCGUGCUGCUGUUAAUGUUGUAGAUUUUGAUGAAAAGUACAUAGUGUCUGCAAGUGGUGAUAGGACAAUUAAAGUAUGGAAUACCUCGAGUUGUGAAUUUGUGCGAACGUUGAAUGGACAUAAACGUGGAAUUGCGUGUUUACAAUAUAGAGAUCGCUUAGUGGUUAGUGGUAGCAGCGAUAAUACUAUCAGAUUGUGGGAUGUUGAGUGCGGAGCAUGUUUGCGUGUACUUGAAGGACACGAAGAAUUAGUACGGUGUAUUAGAUUUGACAGGAAACACAUUGUUAGUGGAGCUUAUGAUGGAAAAAUUAAAGUCUGGGAUCUAGUCGCCGCUCUGGAUCCACGUGCUGUUGCUAGUACUCUUUGUUUACGUACAUUAGUGGAGCAUACGGGACGUGUGUUCCGUUUACAAUUUGAUGAAUUCCAAAUCGUAUCAUCCUCACACGAUGACACGAUACUUAUUUGGGAUUUUCUUAAUUGUAAUGGCUCAGACGCUAAUCCAGGUGGGUCUUCAUUGAACAAUACUACCGCUUCAAAUAAUCAGUCUGAUACUAGAUCUCCUUCUCCGUUCGAGUGACGUACAAAAACUGAUCCAAUCCAUUAUUGUGAUACAAUUAUAUGUGGUUAAAAAGUGAAGAUGUGUCUGCGUUCGGAUUUGUGAAAGUUGGUAAUUAAAAAACAAGAAAAAAAAAAUUUUUAAAUCGUGCCCAAGCAACAAAUUGUAACAAUAGAAGUUAUCAGCUGAGCUUACAUAAAAAUACGUGAGAAUAAAAUAAUGGACUAAAGAUUAUCGGAUUAAUGGAUUAAAAAAAAAGUAAUGACUCAAGCUGUUGAAAUUAGCGCGUGCUAAACGCACAAUAUUUAGUAAUAAUUCUUUAAUUAAAAUAUAAAUAAAUAUAAAAACGAGCUAGUUCAUCCUAUGGAUGAAAAUAUUGUUGUCUGGAGGUUCGUAAGCAUCUUCAAACGCAACUGUCUGACGUACUAUAUAUAUAUAUAAAU